AUGGGAAAGAAGCUGAAACCAAAAUUGCACGUGAGGGACAACAUCGUCGACUUUCUUCGCCGCACGGAGCAAUUUAACCUGGAAUACCGUUCUACAAACGAAAGCCAAAUCAAGCUUCGUCUGGAGAAACUCGAAGCGAAAUGGGACGAAUUCGAGGAGAUUCAGCGAGAGAUAGAAGAAUUAGAGGAGCACGAGGAGAAUGUAGAAGAGCACCGUCAGAUUAGGGCAGAAUUUGAGGAAAAAUAUUUCCAGGUAAGGGCAGGGUUGGAGAGCAAACUACCGCGAAAAUUAGUAGAACAGGCAGAGCAAUCCUCAAGUACUUUCUCUACACCUGGCGCUGGGAGCAACGCACACACAUUCGUACGCUUGCCACAAAUCAGCCUGCCUGAGUUCGAUGGGAACUAUGAAAACUGGCUACAGUUCCAUGAUACUUUUCGCGCUUUAAUUGAUUCUUCGUCUGAGUUGUCUAAUAUACAGAAAUUUCAUUAUCUGCGGGCUGCUCUUAAGGGUGAUGCGCUGAAACUAAUCGAUGCUUAUCCGAUGAGUGACGCAAAUUACAGGGUUGCUUGGGAUGGCUUGGUUAUACGAUUCUCCAAUACUUAUCUAUUGAAAAAACGGCACCUCAACGCACUUCUGGAAUAUCCUAAAAUAAAAAAGGAAUCAGCGAUCGGCAUUCACGACAUAAUAGACUGCUUUGAGCGCAAUACAAAAAUUCUUGACCAAUUAGGAGAGGCGACAAGUGGUUGGGGGGCUAUGUUGACGCACGUAUUAGUUUCGAAACUCGACGACGUGACACAGAAGCACUGGGAGGCACAUGCGACGCAGCACGAGAAUCCAUCCUAUGCGAUGCUGGUGGACUUCCUGAAGAAACAGACACGAGUGUUAGAUGCAGUCAAUGUUGAUCAACGCACAUCCGUCGUGCACUCGGCGGCUCCAUCACAUUCAACUAAAACACAUGCAGCUAAGGUGUCGGUCAACUCGGCGACCGACAACAAGGGUCCAAGUUGUGUCUCGUGUGGGGAACAGCAUUUCAUAUCACGGUGUUCCAAAUUUAACAAUUUUACAGUGGACAAGCGUUUGAAAUUGGCGAAUUCAAAACGACUUUGUUCCAAUUGUCUGGGCAGAAACCACAUGGCACGGGAUUGUCCUUCGAAAUUCAGAUGUAGAACGUGCUCGAAAAAGCAUCACACACUCCUGCAUCCUGGAUUUCCUGGUUCUGGUUCCUCUCCUUCUCCCACAAUGGAUAACCCAUCAACAUCUGGAGAUGCAUCGAACUCCGGUGGAUCAGGGUCUAGUUCGGUGACAUCAAUUUCGACAAACUUGGCAUUGGGUUCUCAUGAUACGCACGUCUUUCUUCUUACCGUGCUGUUGAAGGUGAAGGACAAAUGGAAUAGGCCCCACUUCGCGAGGGCAAUGUUGGAUAGUGGUUCCCAGGCAAAUCUGAUGUCAGAAAAUCUUUGCCAAUUGCUUAAACUUCCGCGACGCAACAAGAGGGUAGCAAUUUCUGGCAUAGGGCGAUCGCAUCAUCAAACUGCUUGUGAGGUAUCUGCAACCAUUGCUUCGAGAAUUUUCGAUUUCCAUCAACCAAUGGAUUUUCUGGUGAUGAAUCGUAUUACAGAUGAUCAACCUUCCACAUCGAUUCAUUUUCAACAGUGGAAACCGCCACCAGAUAUGGAGCUUGCUGAUCCAGGUUUCGCCACUCCUGGUUCGAUUGACAUGGUUCUUGGGUCGCAAUAUUUUUACGAUUUUCAUCGUUUGGAUGGUGGCCGGAUCCAGGUGCGAAAGGUUGGCAACUCAUUGCCAAUAUUUAUCAACACCGUCUUUGGUUGGGUGGCUGCUGGUGAAGUCGAUCGGCAGAGACAGGAUACACGGGUGAGCUGCAACGCAGCGUUUACGGAUCCAUUAGAUGAAGCGAUUGAAAAAUUCUGGGUCAUUGAAGAACUGCCGGGUAAAAAACUCCGCUCUCGGGAGGAAGAAGAUUGCGAAAUGCAUUUUCAAAAUACGGUGCACAGGGAUGAAUCAGGUCGCUAUGUUGUACGUUAUCCAAAACGUGUAGACUUCCACCAAUUAGUAGGCGAAUCGGAAAGCACAACACUCAGAAGAUUUCAACAUCUGGAAAGGCGUUUGGAAAAAGAUGAAGAUUUAAGAAAAUGCUACAAUCAAUUCAUGGGAGAAUACUUAAAGAUGGGUCACAUGAAACUGGUAAACAACGAGGUCCAAAUGAAUGAAACGCGAACGGUCUGUUUUCUCCCGCAUCAUCCGGUUUUUAAGGAAUCCAGUUCGACAACCAAGGUCAGGGUAGUUUUCGACGGCUCAGCAAAAACAUCAACGAAUUACUCCCUCAAUGAUGCUCUUCUAACGGGUCCGGUUGUGCAGGAUGAAUUGGUAGAUUUAAUGGUUCGCUUCCGAAAACAUUCCGUCGCUGUUGUAGCGGAUGUAGAAAAAAUGUAUCGCCAGAUUCGUGUCCACUCUGAGGAUGCAGCUCUCCAACGAAUAUUUUGGAGAUUUAAUCAAUCCGAUCCUAUCCAACAGUAA